CGGGAGCGCAUGCGCGUUUCUUCAGACCGUCGGACGCCGCAGUGAUGGCGGUCCCGGUCAUUCCGCUCGAUGAAGACUGGGAGGAUUUUAACGAGUUUAAAGCUGCCGAUUCACAACAGGGCUGGACCGCGUUGCCGGAGUGUUCAACGGAAGUCCCGAACUUUGUGUCUUUCGACGAGACUUUGAGCGCCAGCUUUCCGCCCCCGAGCAGCAACAGCUCGUGCACGGAUGUCUGUGUGCGCGCUGUGAGUGAGCGCGAGCUGCUGCGCGACGACGAGAUCUGGAACGCUUUGACAAAGAACUAUGGCAAUGUAAUGCCAGUGGACUGGAAAACAUCUCGCACUCGUUCGCUGCAUCUCCCCACACUGAACCUUCAACCACAACAGCGGGUGGAGGUCAGUAAUAUUGACCUGUCUGAUGAUGAGGAACUAAGAGAUCAGAUGGACAUGCACACCAUCAUCAUCUCAUGUGUGAACGAGGAGCCACUGUUUACUGCUGAACAGGUUAUAGAGGAAAUUGAGGAGAUCAUGCAGCAGUCUCCAGAUGGUGAGGAACAUGAGAACCCAUCUCCGUUUGACCUCUCGGUGAUGCCCCAUGACUUACACAAACUCACACAGUCUACAUCCAGCAGCAGCUGUGAGGAACGGUUGCAUGGUCUGCGUGCGUCUGAGCUGCUGGAGCGUCUGGAGGAGAUGGAGAGGCAGAUUCGUGGUUUCUCAGAAGAGCUAAUCGAUCAGUUGGCAGUGCGAGAGGAGCUGGACUUUGAGAAGGAGGUUAAGAACACGUUCAUCUCGGCUCUUAUCGAAGUACAGAAUCGACAGAAAGAACAUCGCGAGCUGCUGAAGAAGAAGAGGAAGAUAAAGAGCACACAAGGAGUAACAAGAUCUGAUCGAUCGCACGUGCCAGGAACCUAUUUGACAACAGUGAUCCCAUAUGAUGGGAGCAGUAGAGCCCCGUCUGUAGAAGAUCUUCAGAUUCUGACCAAGAUUCUUUAUGCCAUGCGUGAGGACAGCGAGACCGUUCCUGCUCUUCUGACCGACUACAUCCUCAAAGCUCUGGUGUGAGAGAACAGAAGACAGAGUGCUGUGUCCUACAUAAGGCCGUGGAACUGAAUAUUGGCCCUUGGCAUCGGUACGGAGAUCAUCUUCAUCACUCGAGAUGAUGCUCUUCUUUAUUAUUGCACAGAUUUCACCCCACCGGUGGCAUUUCUUUCGUUUUUUCUCUAUAUGUAUGUUUUGUUUCGUGUAGAUCUCCUGAGAGUUGAGUAUUUAGUUUAUGUCCUAACUUGGGUCAUAUUUCUGUAACAGUGUUUGUAAUAGUCACUACUUAUAUGUACUCUCUUAAUUUAUCGCAUAAUAGCCGAUACAGAUUUACUUCUUGUUUUUUUUCUAGUGUUUUAUGUCUAUGUGUAGGAUCUUUUUCAUCAGAUGUGUGAAAGUGAUUCCAGGAAGUCUUUAUUAACUUAGUUUUCUCUACAAAUGUUGAUACACAAAAAAGGAAAAGGUUGAUGCUUUAUUAAAGUUAGUCAUGGCAGCAGUCACAGCUAAACAGAUUCAUCUACAGCAAAACUUUAUUUAUAAGCAGCAAACUUUAUCUCUGAAUAUUUUAGAUUUAAUUUGCAGUACUGAAGCGUGUCAGUCUUUUUUUUUGGACAGCUUUAAGGUUUCAUGACAGUAUUACUAAACGUUUGAUGAUGUGCAUGAGAUUUGGGCUUCUGGAGGGUCAUGCAAACAGUUGGACUCAUGAAGUGAGAUUAUUGAUCCUGUCAUAUAUCAGCAUCGACCGUGGGACAUUUUUGAAAGAUCAUUUAAGGUCUCUGUUUUACAACAAAUGAUUGUAUGAGAUAAGAUGAAAUGAUUGUUUUUCUUACCAGAUGAACUAUAAAGCAGAGAUGAUAUUUUUGUAUGUGUAGUUGUAAAUGCCGUACGUUGUUAAUUGUGAUGGAGAGAUUGAGAUCAUCUUGCGUUGACUCCCAAAGGGACACAAAGUUGUCAACUUGAAAUAAGCACAUCAUGUUAAAGUUGUUCACACAAAAAUGACAAAUCUGCCAUUAUUUAUUCAUGAGACUUACUGUUGUGACACACGUGAUAAAUUUGUGUCUGGUUUUGUCGACUCACAAUAUCUGUGCAGCUGUCCAAAAUCUUUGUGUUUAUUAGAGAAAUAACAAUGUUUGAUUUAUGAACAAAUUAUCUGUUUGAUUCAAAUCUUUUUAGUGUGAAAUAUAAAACACAAGUUGUAUGUUUUGCUACUUUCCUCCUGAUGCUGGACAGCUCAAUUUAAUAUUGAAUAUUUGCGACGGCGAAUGACAGAAUUAUCAUUCUUGUGUGAACUGAAUGAAUCAUUUUUAAUGCAAAGAUACAAACUUUAUGAAGUGUCUCUUGGGGCCAAAUCUAUUCAUGCAUUAUAAGGUAUAAAGAGGUUAGUUGUGUGCUGUUUUGCAAACAGCUUAUUUCUGUUAGUCAAAAAUGAUCAACAUUUCAUCUCAGUAAAAUGGUUGAUGUUUUUUUUUUAUUGGUAAAGCAUUCAAAAUAAUAGUUGCUGCAUGCACUUUGAAUUGAUCUUUAAAAGGGAAUGUGCAGAUUUUGUGGAAAAAGUUAUUAACACAAACUAUAAUGAAUGAUCACAUCAGCAGCGUGUAGCCUCUGAGUUCAUGUGUUUUGUCAUUUGUAGGGUUUGACUCGGAGAAACAGUAGUGGACAGUAAAUCAGGGUACACUAUAAUAAUGAGAUUAUAUAUUUAUACAAGCAAUAAUAAAAUGCUGCCUUUGUAAGUGCAUGAAAUUUUAUACUGACCUUAUUUUUAAUGCAACAUUUUUUGUCCUAAAGGUCAUUUUUGAAUUCAUAUUUUGUAAGAAGUCCACUGUAUGUAGCAGGGCAGUUUUCAAAUAAAGACAUCUUUUGUUCAUCAAG